AUGUCUCCCCUCGCCGCCAGCCUCCUCGCCGUAGCUCUCGCAGUGGCCGCCGUCGCCACCGUCCACGCAGGCCCGCCUCCGUGCACCACCUUCCUGCAUCCGAUCCUCCCCUGCACGGCGUACAUCACGGGGCAUGGACCCACGGUGCCGGUCCCGGUGCCGUGCUGCAAAGGCUUGAAGUUCAUGGUCGGCCUGAUGAUCACCCGCGCCGACCGCGUCACCGCCUGUAAGUGUUUCAAGGACGCCGCCGUCAAGAUGCCCGACAUCGACUACGGCCGCGUCGCCGCCCUCCCCGGCCGCUGCCACGUCGACGCCCCGUUCAACUUCUCCCCCCACAUCAACUGCGACGCGUAA